UUCACAAGGACACGUACCACAUGCAACAGGGCCUGCAGGAGCGAGUGCAAAACUGCAACAGGAUCAGGACAGGACAGGGCUCCAUAUACCUUCAUAGGGUACAGCACCAGCAGCUGCAGCAAAAGCUGAAACAAGCAGAGGUCUGGUUGCUGCAGCUAGGAAGGUUUGCCCGCCUGGUUGACUACAUGAUUUGUCAGAACCUCAUUUCUAUCUUGGAAGAAGAGAUAACCUCUUUCGUGGACAACAUCCUGAAAGCUCCAAGGCAGAACCCCUUUCUCUCAUCACAGCUGAUCUUUGACGAUUCUGGCCAACUGGCUCAUGUGCCCUGUAUUGAAAAUAUGAUCCAGAUUUUAACUGAGGGCCUACAGUCUGUCAAGGCCUCUGCCUUGCAGGUAAUACAGUCUGAAGACCUGAAGACCUCGUGGGACUCCCUGUAUUCCAAAGAGGAAUAUGAAGAGGAGUACUCGAACAAAGAAUUCCUGACACCCAAGUUCCAGGGCCAGCCCAGCGAUGCUGUACGCAUCUUCUGUGGCCCGAAUGUAGGAUUGGUGUGGCCCUGGAAGUCUCACCCAAUUUCUGAUAUCCUGGAGGUCCGUGGGUACCGACUGUGGGGCCAGUAUUUGCCCCGCAAUUAUGAGCAGCUGCAGGAAGACCUAGACAACAACCCUCGAAUCCAGCAGGCACUGACUAUACAACAGGCACUGCUAGCGGACAUGCUGUGGGAAGUGCAGGAAUUCUGCCAAAAACAUCACUGGGUAGCAGACAUUUAUAAAUUCCUGCAAGCCUGGCUGCCCCAGAAACUGGAGAACAUGAGGGGCUGUCCCAUCAAGAACUAUGUGACGCUGGUGAACAACCUAAAUGUUUGGCUGGCCCAUGUCUCCAACAUGCCUAUCGAGUUGCUCACGAAAGGCAAGCUGCUGCUGCUGAGCUGCCGUGACAUACGGGCAGAGAUGGAAUCCAAACUGGACAACAUGAGGAAGGACAUUCUUGCACAGGUACAGGAUGAGUGCUGGAGCCGCAGUCAGCAGCUAAUGACAGAGCUCACAGAUUUCACACGGGUCUUCCAAACCAUCAGCUCAGACAUUCAUGCCAUUGCACAGUGCUCCCAGAAGUUGAACGAAGCCAAUGAACAGUAUUCCAGCCUGGAGGAGCGAAUGGAAUACAUACGGUCACUCCACGAGCUUAUCCGCAACCACUUCAGUCUCUUUACUGCUGAGAACGAGGCACUGGACAUCUCGGUGAGAGGGCAAUCCAGUGAGUCACCCAUUCCUCUCGGUCCCUCUCCCCCACAUGUACUCUACUGUCCUCUGCUUGCCCCACAGCUUCUAGAUGUAUGGGAGGCAUUUCAGUUUGAGAAAAGCCAGGCCUCAGAGUUCCUGCUCAGCAAGCGACAUGCCAUCGUGCCCAAGCUGCGGCAGCUGAUGGCAGCAGCACUGGCAGAGCUGGAAGGCCUGCUCGAGAAAGCUCUGUCUGGUCCCUUCAUGGACCCUGCACAAGAGCAGAGGAGCAUUGAGCGCCAGCUCAUCUCCCUGGAGCGUCAGUUCCAGAACACAGUCAGCCACCUCAGUGAACUGCACCAUGCCUAUGCCACCUUCACUGGGGAUGAGAGUCCUGUGCCCUUGCCAGUCUGUGGGACCCAUCCUAUUGUGCAGCAGCAGCGCAUCUGGCACCUGUACCGACUCGUCUCUGAAAACAUCAGCGAGUGGAAGUGCAUGGCUUUUGCCAAGUUCAGCCUGGCCAUGGCCCAGGAGAAGACAGAUGGCUGGCUGACAGAGGCAGCUCGAAUAAGCACAACCAUGGGGCUGCACAGCCCAGUGCUGCAAUGCUGCAUGCACAUGCUGGAGGAGUUUCGCAGCUACCUGCCAUUGCUCACCAAGCUGGGCAGCCUCCAGCUGCAGAACCCCAACUGCCAGCCCCUCCUGCGAGCCUUAGGACUGAACAUUCUCCCCAGUAUAGAACUCCUAACAUUGGGCCAGCUGCUCACUUGUCCACUGCUGGAGUUUGCGGAUCGAAUCAACCAGGUCUGGCAGUUCGAAAACGAACGAAUUCAUGCCCAAGAGACCCUACGGCAGCUGCAGCAGUACUGGGAAAUGCGCCAGCUGCGCCUGCUCAACUUCAUCCUGCAUGUACCCUACAAGCCCCCAGCCUCAGAGCGCACCAAGAGGCAGAUGCUCCACAGCCCCCAGUGGGAGGUAGUGGACAAGGAUAGUGGCACCUUCAUUCUCUCAGACCACAGCAGCCUACAGGAUUCCAUCCAGGAAAGCCUUCAGGUCUUGUUCAAGAUCUUGGCCACCCAAAAGUCAGGAGACUUAUACAAAAUGGCUUUGGAGUGGGUGACCAUCAUGCAUGGCCUAGGUUCCCUGCUGGAUGUGUGGGUGACUUUCCAGCAGAAGUGGAUUUUUCUGAAUAAAGUUCUGCAUGAGAUGAAGAUCCAGUUUCCUAGCACUGUCCUGAACUCUCGUUUCAAGGUCAUGGAUGAUCAGUAUCGGACCCUGAUGCACAUCUCUGUAGCUGACCCCAUGGUUCUGUCACUUAUAGUGCCCAGUGCCAAGAGGAGCCCUUACUUCCAAGGCCAGCAGCUGCAACAAUUGCUGCAAGCAGGAUCAGUGGAGCUGGAGGGCAUCAUCAUGGCUCUGGAGAGUGUGCUCUAUGGAGUGUGUGUGCACUUCCCCCGCCUCUUCUUCCUCAGUGACAGUGAGCUGGUGGCCUUGCUGGCUGCCCCGCUGGAGUUAUGUGAGGCCCAGCUAUGGGUACAACGUUGCUUUCCUCAUGUGCAUGCUGUGAGCUUCAAGUCCAGCCCAAGUGAUGAGAAAAAUAUGGAUGACCGGGAGUCAAGCCCAAGCACACAGACUCAGGUGAAGGCUGUUGCAGUGCUAGGGGUAGGUGGGGAGGAGGUGAAGCUACGGGGACCCCUUUUUUUGCAUCCAGAUCUCCCUAAAUGGCUGGCCUCUCUGGAGAAGUGUCUGCGCUUGACAUUGGUACACAUGCUGCAGGACUGUGUGGCCGCCCACCUUGCAUCCCUAGGUGAAGCCUUCAAGCAGCCACCCCAGCAAAGCCAGUUGCCUGUGCAACUGUAUGUCCACCACUGGCUGGAUUUAGUCCAGGCCUUCCCAUGGCAGUGUGUGCUGGUGGCAGAGGAGAUAGUGUGGCGAGCUGAGACAGAGGAAUCUUUGCUUAAGGGGGAGACCCUGGCCAUGGUCCCCAUGCAUAUGCGCAAGCUCGAGGUACUAGUGCACUUUUUGCAGUCCCAGAGGAGCUCCCAGAGUGGACAGCCCCUGCACUCAGUCCGCCAGGCCAGCCUGCUCAGUGCCCUGCUGGUCAUGGCGGUGACUCACCGGGAUAUAGCACAGCUUCUAGAGCAACACCAGGUCAGUGAUCUGAGAGACUUCCACUGGGUCCGCCAACUCAAAUAUCACCUGGGUUCACCUCACGUGAUCCCCAAAAGCCCCCUGCAGAGUCUCAGGACUAUUGCAUCUGCUGAGCCUUCUCUGUCACCAGCUGCAUGCUGGAUAGAUGUGCUGGACCGGUCUUUCCUAUACAAUUAUGAGUACCUGGGUCCCAGACUGGGGCCUCUACCCAGCCUGCUACCUGAGCGGCCAGCUCUAGUGCUGUUAUUAGCCCUGGAGGAGGUGGCCUGUGGUACCCUUCUGGGCCCUGAUGGUGUGGGCAAGACAUCUAUAGUGAAUACCCUGGCACGGGCCCUGGGCCGCCAGCUGGUGAUUAUGCACUGCUCACCUCAGAUAGAGGCCCGAUGCCUGAGCAACUACCUGAAUGGUGCCCUGCAGAGUGGGGCCUGGCUGCUUUUGGAAGCAGUUCAGCAUCUUCCCCCUGGCUUGCUCUCUGCCCUGAGUCAGCGCCUGGCUGAACUGCACCACCUCUGUGCCCCACUGUACCAGGCAGCCUCCCGAAGCACCAGCACCAUAGACCCCACCCAGCCCCAGCUCCUCGGCAGUGGUUUCUUUGAGAAACAUCACGUGUCCAUGCGCCUUGGCUAUGGCUGUCUCCUGACAAUGCGUGCCCUGAACUCUGCUGUGCCUGCCAAUCUGCACCUGCUAUUGCGGCCUGUGGCUUUGGCACUGCCUGACCUGCAGCAAGUGGCAGAGCUGACCCUGCUGGGUGCAGGGAUGCGGGAUGCCUCCCGCAUGGCUUCCCGCCUAUCCAAAUUCUUCUCCCUAGAGCGUGAGCUGUUAUCUGGGCCCCUCCCUUGCCGCUUGCCACUGCUCAAGCAGAUACUAGAAGACACAAUAAACACAUUAAAUGGGACCGAGGAGGACCUCAAGUCCCAGCAGUCCCACAGCCUAGCUGCCAUCGAGGAGAUGACACUUCUGCGUGCUCUGAUGCGCUCACCACUGUUCAGCAUCCUCGAUGGGCUCCGCCUGAACAAUCUCCGAGAGCUGCUCUGUGGGCUUUUUCCUAGCGCCAGCCAAGUGCUGGCAGAGCCCAUGACCACCAGGCUCAUGAAGCCGCUGAUGGUGGAGGAACUGCGGCAGGUAGGCCUGCAUCCCAGCCCUGGCAUUUUGGGGUCCCUGGAGCAGCUGAGCCAGGCCCUAAGCCGGGCCUCAGGCAUUCUGCUCCUGGGCCCUGCAGGCAGUGGCAAGACUACUUGUUGGCACAGCUUAUUUAAGAUCCAGCAUCGGCUGGCAGCCAUGGAAGACACCUCAUCACAGGGCUUUCAGCCUGUGGAAAUUACUCACCUCUACCCCAGUGUUCUCAGCCCCCAGGAGUUCCUGGGAUGGCUAGAGGGCCCCUGCUGGCACCAUGGCGUCUUUCCCAGGCUACUUCAUGCAGCCAAUCAUAGUAACAGUGUGGGCCCAAAGGGACAGACAGAGGAGUCGAUGGGGAUCCAGCGCUGGAUAAUAUGUGAUGGGGCCUCCAGUGCUGCUUGGCUGGACUCCAUCACUUGCCUCUUGAGUGACCCUCCACAGCUUAGCCUCCCCAAUGGUCAGCAGAUAGCACGACCCCCAGGCACCUUUCUCUUGAUGGAGGUGGCAGACACAGCCAGUAUGUCCCCCACGGUGGUGGGCCGUUGUGCCCUAGUCUGGUGUGGUGGGGAGCAGACUUGGCAGUGUAUGCUUAGCGUCCUGAUGGCAGCUCUGCCCCGUGAGUAUCGCCUGCAGCACCAGACGAUCACUGAGCUCAACCGCCUGGCUGAAGUUCUGGUGCCUGCAACAUUCCGAUUCCUCGCUCGCCAGGGUGCCAGCUCUCUGCUGCAGGUACAUGGGCAGCAGGCUGUUUGCCCAGGCGUGGCUGAAGUUACCAGCCUGGCUCGCAUCUUGCAUGGUCUGCUUGAUCCCCACCUGCGCCUAGAGGAGGAGAAGGCACAUGGCCCAGAGGACGUCUGCUGCAGUGAUCCUGUGACCCAAAGCUUCAGGUAUUCAAAAAGCAGCUCUCUAAACUGGUCCCAGGUUGACAGUGAUGAUGUGUCAAAUAAGCACAGGGAGCACUUGCUGGCUAUUAGCAGUUUUCUUUUUGCCCUGAUCUGGGGCUUUGGAUCCCACCUUCCUUCCAGGCUCUGGCCCCUCUUUGAUACCUUCAUGAAGGAUUCUAUUAGUUGCCUCUCCAACUACCCUGAGCCACCAUCCUCAGCCUUGGUGUUUGACCUACAUGUAAGCUCUGAAGAUGGGACACUGGUUCCCUUCACUGGCCAGUAUCUGAGCAGCCACGUCAGAGGAACUCUGGGCACCUUCCACCCUUCUACCCAGACUGAACGGCUCUUGUAUGUGGUAGACCUGCUUCUGUCAAGGGAGCAGCCAGUGCUGCUGGCUGGAGAAGCAGCAACAGGGAAGUCAGCUUUUGUGGAAGUGUUGGUGGAGCCAAACCACCCUUACACAUACAGCUCCAUCCACCCUGCCUUCAGUUCCACCCACCUUCGCCUACUGCUGAGCAGAGGAGUCCAGGGCCAAGCACAAGUCGGGCCAUGGCCUGGACAUCACCAGGAUUCUAAAGGCUCCCUCCUCUUCCUGCUGGAGGAUCUGCACCUGGCUGCUUCUGACCCAGAGAAGAGCUGCCAGCCAGUGUUGGAGACUCUGCGCCAGGCCAUAGAUGGCACCGUGUAUGCCCACAGCACCUUAGAACUGCAGACACUGCAGCCUAUAGUCAACUUCCUUGCCACUGCCACAGUACCAGGCUGCUGUGAGCGCCCACUGUGCCCACGCCUCUUUCGACUCUUCACAGUGCUGGCCCUGGACAGCAUGACCGAGGCCACCCUACUGAGCAGGCAUGCACCUGGCAUCCAGGCCUGGCUUGAGCGCUUCCCAUCUGUGGAGCGGGAGGGUGUUCUGGCAAGAGCCCUGGUCCAGGCCUCAGUGGAAGCCUGGGAGGCUGUGUGCAACUGCUUCAUGCCUUCACCCCUCCGCCCACACUACCGCUUCUCCCUGCACUCUGUGAGCCACCUACUUGGCAGCCUGCAGCUACUGCCCACCAGAAUGGGCUCCCAAGGUUUUGUGGACUGUCCCAACCACCAGGAACACUUGCGCCGAGUGUCGGGCUUGUGUGGCACUCGCCUGACUGUUAUGAUGGCCAUGCGCAACAUGGUGCGUCUUUGGUUGCAUGAGGCACAAAGAACCUUUUGUGACCGGCUGGACAGCCCUAGGGAACGCUCCUACUGUGCCAAUCUUCUCCUAGAAGUAGCUCAGAGGGUCUUCUGCUGUGGGUCAGGGCCCCAGCACCUAGGCAAGGACCAUGAAGAGGAGGAAGAGAAGGAGAGAGUGCCUGAAGUGGAAUCCGAAGGGGAGUUGGCCCAGUGGGAGGACUCAAACAACAGCAACAGUGAGACAGAGGAGGAAGAGGACCCUUAUGGCCUUCAGGUCACCACAGGCUCAUACUCCAGUAAUCCGAGUCUAUCAUCGUCCAUAAGGCCAGUAAGCAGGGAGACAAUGAAAAGCAUAAGUCACAUGAGAAAGGAGGAAGGCACAAGUCCUUCCACCUACAAGCUCCAGGUAAAGAGAUUAUCCAAGAGCAAGGUACUCCAGAUGGACCUGGUCUCACCCCUGUUGCUAUCAGUGCUACUACUCCAUCCCCAGGAAAAGCCCUCAGACCUGGUGUUCAGUCAGGAGCUCAUACUGGAGUCCGACUUUGAGAGCCCCAACUUGUACCUGGAACAGCAGUGGGAGAGCCUGGAGGAGCAGCUGGCUACCUCAGCUUCUCAGCUGGGACUGAGCCCCAACCUUGCCCGGUGCCACUCCAUGGCUCAGCAUGUGGCCCGCCUGGUCCGGGUGCUGGCCAGGCCCCGGCAGCAUGGUCUACUGCUCUCAGGGACUGUGGGUACAGCACGCCACACUGCCAUCACUCUGGCCACUAGCAUUUGUCAGGUCCGCCUCUUCCAUCUGCCGUCUGGGUCAGAGGAGGCCAUCCUUCAGUGUCUACGAGAUGCCAGCUGGCAUGCUGGCAUUUUAAGCCAGCCAGUGGCCCUUCUGGUGCCCAAGGAUGUGGAUCUCACUACCCUUCAUCGCCUGCUAGCCCUGGCAACUUCAGGCAGUUUCCCUGACCAGUAUACAGAAGCAGAUCUGGACAGCAUUGAAGAACAUAUCCCCAGGGAGAACCUUGGUGUCAAACAGAACAUCAAGAAGGAAGUGUUGCAGAGGUUCUACCAGCAAGUGUGCAGCCACCUGCACAUGUUCUUCCUGAUUGGAGAUGACCAGGCCCAGAAGCAGCUUCCCUCCACCCUUUUCCUGAGACUUCUUCAACUGGCCACUGCCAGCAUUGACCGCUAUGAACCUUGGGACCAAGCCGACCUGGUCAAAGUGGCCCAGCACCACCUGGAUGGUGCGCAGAGUCUAUUCCUUGAAGAUGGCUCCUUGAAGUGCCCAGAUCUCCAGACCUCGAUUCCCAGUGUGGCCAAAGCUAUGGCUCUUAUCCACCUUUCGGCUGCCUACUACCAUGAACACCUAUGCCCUGUGUUGCCACUUGUCACCCCCAAGACCUUCCUAGACUUCCUGGAUACCUUUCUGCUACAGCAGCAACAGAUGACACUGCAGAUAAAGAACAAGGCCCAGCGGAUCCAGAAUGCCCUGGGGAAUCUGAAAAUGCUGAUUGAGGAGCACGAUAUACAUACCAGCCUGGUCUUCAAUUUGGAACAACAACUGAAAGAAUCCCACAAAAGCCUCAGCAUACUUCAGCAGCAGCUAGAGCAAAGCAAGCUCCUGCACAAGCAGAAGCUGGCAGAAUGUCAACAUCAGGAGAACCUCAUUAAGAACCUGGCCAAGCAGCAAGAUGCCUUGCAGGCUCAGCAUGAGGCUUUCCUGGAGCAGAUGGGCAAGGCAUUUCUGGGGCCUCUGAGCCAGCUGCAGGUGGCUGACUUUGAAGAGAUACGAAGCUAUCGAGCACCACCAGAAUCUGUGGUCCGGGUGACUGAUGCACUGUGUAACCUCUUCCACCAUGAAACAGGCUGGGCCAGUGCCAAGCAGCUGUUAUGCAGUGAGGACUUUUAUCAGGAGCUGGUGUUCUUCCCCAAAGAGAAGAUGACGGACUCAGAGCUGAUAAGCUUAAACCUAGCUCUGAAGGCUCCAGGUAUGAGCGAUGCAGCCCUGCGGGCAGUAAGCAUACCUGCUGCAAGCCUGGCAGUCUGGCUGUGGGCCGUUCUGCGCUAUGGGCUGGCACAGCGUCGGAGACUGCCCACGGGCCUACUGCUGCGACAGGUGGAAGCAACACUGGCUCAGGAGCAGGCCCGCCUGGGCCACUACCAGUUUCAGGCCCAGGAGAUCCUAGAGCAUACUUUGGCCCUGGCUAAGAAGCUGGAGGAGGCCCUAGCUUCCCAGUGCCGUCUGAUGAAGACCCUCAAUCAGGCACAGUGUAGCCAGUAUCACAAAUGGCCAAUAAAAGCUGCCCUGCUCAUGCCCAUGCACUCCUGGACUGUACAGCUGCAGAAGUUGAAGGAGCACUGCAUGACUGUGUUCGGAGAUGCCCUCCUGUGUUCAGCUGCCAUCAUCUACCUGGGUCCCUUCCCACCAUUGCGGCGCCAGGAGCUACUGGACAAAUGGCUUGCUUUGUGUGGGGGCUCUCAGGAGGCCCUGGGCCCAGAUGAUGUGGCACAGGCACUGAAACAAAAACAGAAAUCUGUCAUCAUGCCACCAAACAACCCCCUAUUACCCACACGCUCUCCCUUCAGUAUUCUGUCCUUGCUGAGCUCUGGAUCUGAACAGUACCAGUGGGACCGAGACCUGAAGCCCCAGGCAAAGUCAGCCCGCCUGGCAGGCCUGCUUCUGCGAAGCCGCACCCACUACUGCAGUUGCCGUUGGCCUCUGCUGCUUGAUCCCAGCAACCAGGCCCUCAUCUGGCUGAACCCACUGCCUCUGGAAGAGAAUAGAUGCUUGGUGCCAGCUCCUACUGAGGGAAGAGGGAAGAGCCUUGUGGGAAACCAAAAGAGAGAGAGUAAAGAGGAGAACCUGGUAGAGGAAGACGGUGAUUGUGAAGACAAUAAUGAGGCUAAGGGCCAGACAAAAGAGCAGAAAGCAGAGGAAAGGGAAAAUGAGGAGGAGAAAGAGCAAGAGCAAGAGGAGAAAGAAGACGAGGAAGAAGAAGAGAAAGAGGAGGAGAAGGAGACAGAGAGUCGGGGAUCAAAGUCAGCCUCUGAGAUUCAGUCUCCGCCUCUUGCCUACCUUAGCGUGCUCUCAGGUGCUGACCCAGAGCUGGGUGCUCAGCUCCGGGAGGCAGCCACUGGUGGCCUGCCCGUGCUACUGACCAACAUGGAGCUGGGCUUAGGGUGCCAAGAACUGCAAUGGCUGCUGCAGCGGGAGCAGCUGGGUCCACCCCAGGUGCAGCCUGGCUUCUGUCUCUAUUUGAGUACAACCCUCCCCCUCUAUGCCUUGGAAAAAGUCCUAGGUUGUGAACUGAUGAAGGGCCUGAAUGUUCUGGAUCUGGGCCUGAACAUGGAAAUACUAGAAGAACAGAUGCUGCAUGAAAUCUUGUGCAGAGAGCGUCCCGAGCUCGAGGCCCACUGGCAGGACCUAAAGAUCAGAGCUCUGGAUGCCUGCAAAGCUGUGGAGGCUGCUGAGGAACGAAUGCUGACAACUUUGCUGAUCCAGAACCCAAAGAGUCAGAAACCAGCCAAGUUUUUUCGGAACGUGGUGAGGGUCCAGGCAGAGCUAUGUCAGCAACGUGUCCACCGCGAGGAGCUAGAAGAGCAGAAGCUCGAGGAGGCAGUACUGUGGGCACCCUAUCGGCGUGUUGUUUGGCAUGGAAUGGCCAUGGUAAAGGCCCUAAUCCCACUGCAGAACCUGCUGCCAUUCUUCCGUACGAGCCCAGAGAAUUGGCUGGCAGCCACCAGGCAAGCUCUGGACAACAUUAAGGCACAUGACAUUCCACAUGGGGGUGAUCUAGCCAGCCAUCUGCUGCAGAUGAGAACACACCUGACCCGCCAGCUGCUGGGCAGCACGGUGGCUGCACUAGGCCUGACCCAAGUACCCUUGGUGGGUGCAUUGGGUGCUUUGGCUCUGCUGCAAGUGACGGGGAAGGCAUCAGAGCUGGAGAGGCUGGCAUUCUGGCCUGGACUGGCAGCCUCUCCCAGCAUAGGGUGCAGCAAGCCAGUCCCAGGUGUGACUCGACCGGCCUGGGUAGGGCCAAGAGCCUGGCAUGAAUGUGGGAUGUUAGAGCUGCUUCCCUCAUUUGUUGGGCUGCGUGCAUCCCUUGCAGGUCACUCCAGUGUUUGGCAGGUUUACCUGUCAUUGUCAUCCACAGUGCUGGGUCCUGCACCCGGGCCUGGUCCUGAGCCACUCAGCCUCCUCCAGAAGCUGAUCCUGUGGCGUGUGCUGCGACCUGAGCGCCUAGCAAGUGCCCUGGCAGACUUCACCACCAGCCUCCUGGGCCGGCCCCUGGAUGAAAACGUGGGUGCCCCCACCAUGCCCUUUGAACAUAGUCAGGCUACUCAGCCCAUACUGAUCUUGUUGCCAUCGUCUGGCCACCUCACAGCCACCCUGCAUCCCCUGACUGUCAUCCAGAAACUGGCUGCCAAGCAUGAGCAGGGGCAGAAGCAUCUGCAGGUGAUAGCCCUGGGCUCCGGAGCCUGGGACCCUGUCUCAGCUGUGGUCAGCGCUCUAUACCAAGCUAUGUAUAAGGGGCACUGGUUGGUGCUGGAUAACUGUCAUCUGAUGCCCCAUUGGCCAAGAGAGCUGCUACAGCCCUUGCUGGGGCUAUUGGACAGAGCCAAGGUGGUCUCGGACCUGGAAUUGGAGCUGCUUUUAGCCCAACCUGAAAGAAGGAAUGUGGCUACUGUCCACAGAGAUUUCCGUCUUUGGCUUAUUGUGUCUGCAGAGGCUAGUGCUUCCUUGCCAGCUGUGCUGACUCAGCACUGCAUGCCUGUCUUCUGGGACCAGUCUCUGGAGCUCAGCCACGUCUUGAUCGACAGUGUGGAGCUAUCCCAGCAAGGACACUACGUGCAACCCCCCACCCAGGCAGUGCCUCUGCUCCUCCUACAUGGCCUCCUGCUCCACCGGCAACUCUAUGGAAUGAAGCUGCAGGCACACAGGGGGUGCUGGAGUCAAGUGACCCUGACCCAGGUCCUUCAGGCCCAAGAUCAGCUGUGGGCCAGCCUCAGCAAUCCCAGUGCUGCCAUGCAGGAGCUGGCUGUUUCAGUUUUCUAUGGAGGUCCUGUGGGGGACACUGAGGACAGAGAGGUUGUGAUUAGCCUCACACAAGCCUGCCUGAGCCCCAGCAGCGGGAGCCGGAUCCAACCACACACACCCCAGUAUCUGUUGGCCACUCUGAUGCCCAACCCAGAAAUAGGGGAGCUGGAUGCCAUGGCAGAUUGCAAGGCCCAGAUGCACCUAUUGUCCACACCAUCUGAACCCAGGGUCUGCGGACUGAGUGAGGGCCCCCAGGCCUGGCUGUUGCGACGCCAGAGUCGCGCUCUCCUGAGCGCGCUGCAGCUGUGUUCCUGCACAUGGCUGCCUGCGGCUCGCGGGGGCGCCCGGCGCGGUGAACGGCGGCUGCGGCAACGCCUAGUGCAAGCCAAGCGGAGGCUGGAGUCACUGCAGGCUCUGCUGACCCACCCUGCUCGCCGCGAAUCUGGAGCCCCAUGGGCGGUGCUGGGGCCGAAUGCGCGGCGGCCUCUGGAGUGCUUCCUAGAAACGGAGGCUCUGGAACUGAGCCAGCUGGUGGGCAUGCUCCAGCACGACCUUGACUGCCAGUUGCAGCAGCUAAAGGGCGCACCCCCGUGCGCCUCCCGGCGCUGCGCCGCGGUGGCCCAAGCGCUCUGGACUGGCCGCCUACCCCCGCCUUGGCGACCCCAUUCUCCCGCAGGUCCGCAGCCCCCCUGGCACUGGCUGCGACAACUGUCGCGCCGUGGGCAGCUGUUGGUUCGCUACCUGGCCGUGGGCGCAGACGCUGAAGUACCAGAGCGCGUCUUUCACCUGUCUGCCUUCAGCCACCCGCGCCGCCUGCUGCUGGCACUGCGUUGGGAGGCUUCCCUGGGCCAUUAUGUGACCAGCCCGAAUCUCCCCGGUAGCCGAGGCUGCGGCUCCAUUCAGCUACCGCAUAAACGUCGGGAGCUGAACAACAACCCUCUGCACCUCCGGGUGGAGAAUGGUCCAAAUCCCGCGGUUCCAGAGAUGGGGCUGCUGCUGAUCGGGCUACAGCUCCUGAACGCCGAGUGGGACCCGAUAGCUGGGGCCUUGCAAGACAGUCCUUCCAGUCAGCCCAGCCCUCUGCCUCCGGUCAGCGUCAGCGCACAAGCCCCGGGUGCCACUGACCUGCCACCCCCAGCCGGCCUAGCUGUGUACUCCUGUCCCGUGUACAUGGCAGGGCCCCUUGGCACCACUAAGCUGCACAGCAGGAACAUCCUGAUGCACCUGCCCCUGCCCACGAAGCUCAGCCCCGCCACCUGUGUCCAACGGAGAGUCCAUGUGUGCAGCCCACCCCUGCCCUGAACCCUCCGCCAAAAUAAAGUUAGAGUGAUUCCAUGAAA